AGUGUUUACCAUUAUAUUAUAUUAAAUGUUUAAACCAAAGAAGGGAUAACAAUAACAACAAUAAUAGCCAUUCUACCUGAGUUGGUUCACGAAUUAAGGGUAUUAUGAUGGAUGUACAUUAGUUUAGGGAAAAUCUAAAGAGAGGAGGAACUGCUCCUUAAUAGUCUCGAAAAGAACGAUUAUAAUUAAAAAGUCCUUACUAGCAACCAUUGACAACUGUAAUUCAUAUGGCUCCUAAUCCCUACAAUAGGAUUAUGUAAGACAACUCUAUGAAUUGUAGGCAAGCACCCAAAACCAAUAGCAACAUUCAGCAAAUCUCUAAGAUAUAUGCCCAAAAGUCUCAAUUAUCUAAAAGGAAAAGUCAAGAGUAUGAGCGACAACGUUAUGAUUUGAAAUCGUAGUCUUAAUAAUCUCGAGCCUUUACUUAAUAGGGCAUAAGACCACUUAGAUUGAAUGACGGCCGACCUCAGACCCAAUAAAAUCUAAUUGAACACAAAUUAUGUUGUGAUAAUUUAGGGAGUGAUGAGGAAUAAUAAGAACAAUUGACUCCAAGAGAUGAUAAAGAGGAUAUUGAUUUAGAUAAUAUUGGAGCAAACCAAUUCAUUAAUGAUUGUUUCUCAAAUGAAUCAAAUGAAGCAGAUAGUGAAGAUCAUCAGAAUUUUCAAUUGCCAAUCUAGAAUGAUGAAUAAAUGUAUCCGAGUAUUAUCUAAGUCAUAGCUAAAAUAAGUCUUUGAUAAAGGAAGAACCAAUAACAAGUCUGAGAAAUAACCAAAAUCAAAUAAAUAGGCCUUAGACUUCUGAAGGUGGAAGAAGAAAGAGAUUUAUGAAUUCCUUAAAUUAGGCAGACCAAAAUUACGAGAAGAAAAAAGAGACUGAAUGUGAAUUAUUGGAAUAUGAAGCAAAUAUCAUCUUAGAGGAAGAAUAAGACAAUUAAGAAAUCGUUGAUACAAAUCUCAAAGCUUCUCCAAAGGUUAGUCAUAACUGUAAACAUAGGAAUUGAUCUCCAUUCGGUCAGGAUAUAGAAGAAAAUAAAAUGAUUUAAAUGAACUAAUGGAAACUAAUAAUGAAAUACGGCCUCCAUCAAGACACAAAACUCCUCCAAAAGCUACUGGACUAGAAUUGCCAUUGGAAAAUUGUGCGAAUAAUGUCCAAAGAGAUAGUGUCGACAUUCCCAUCAAAAAUAUGUAUGCAUAAAUAAAUGAUGAAAGUAAUUCGCUUUAUUGAUUAUUUAAGAAAUUAAAGAAGAAAAUGAUGGCGAAUUUGAUUUAGACUUUUUUAAAAUGAACAAUAAGAUGAACUUCAAAAAAUUUCAAUAAAAUGAUUUCUAAGGAUAUCAUACUGAUGAUGCUAAUAAGUUGAAUUAGUAAAGACAUCCUAAAUCAGCAAAUCUAAAACAGAAUUAGAUGCGUUCCCCACUAAAUUCUCAAAUUACUUCAGCUCAUUUAAGAAAUGAAGCUUAAAUAGUUAUAAAAUAUAAUAAUAGUUCUGCCAUUUAAAGAAACAAUGAACCUAUUAAAGUUCCAUUUCAAACUUCAUUAGGAUAGGAUUUUUUAAGGUUGUUUGCCAACCAUCAUAUGGAAUAAUGAGAGUGGUA